UCUUUUCCCCCCGGCCCAGUAGCACCCUGGUCUGCGUCGGAAUCCGUUUCCUGCCCCUAGUAUUAGCCCCGCGCCAGCGGAAAUUGCGCGCGAUGGCGGUGACGAUGCUGCAGGACUGGUGCAGGUGGAUGGGCGUCAGCGCUCGAAGGGGUCUGCUCAUUCUGGGCAUCCCGGAGGACUGUGAUGAAGCCGAACUCCAAGGGUCCCUGGAGGCCGCCCUGUGGCCCAUGGGCCACUUUACCGUGCUGGGCAAAGUGUUUCGAGAGGAGGAUGAUGCCACUGCGGCCCUGGUCGAGCUUGACCGGGAAGUCAACUAUGCUUUGGUCCCCAGGGAAAUCCCGGGCACCGGGGGUCCCUGGAACGUGGUCUUUGUGCCUCGUUGCUCAGGCGAGGAGUUUCUCAGUCGCGUGUUCCACUUCCUGGAGCAACAGGGGCAGACGGUGGAGAGUGUGGCUGGGGCCCUGGGGCUGGGACUGCACAGGGUGUGCUGGCUCCGACUGGUCAGUGAGGCAGUCCAGCCCUGGGUGGAGACCAGGCGGUAUCAGCGCCUGGGCGUGUUUUCCGGGAGGGAUCAGCCCGCCCCGGGGGAGGAGUCCUUUGAGGCCUGGCUGGACCACAGCGCCGAUAUGCUGCACGUGUGGCAGGGGGUCUCGGAAAGGGAGAAGAGGAGGCGGCUGAUGGAAGGCCUUCGAGGGACGGCCCUGCAGCUCGUGCAUGGGCUCCUGGCGGAGAACCCCGCCAGGACGGCGCAGGACUGCCUGGCGGCCCUGAUCCAGGUGUUUGGAGACAACCAGUCCCAGGCGACCAUCCGGGUGAAGUGUUUGACCGCUCAGCAGCAGUCAGGCGAGCGGCUUUCUGCUUUCGUGUUGCGGCUGGAAGUCCUGCUGCAGAAAGCCAUUGAGAAGGGGGCCCUGGCCAGAGCCUCAGCGGACCACGUGCGCCUGAGGCAGGUGCUCACCAGGGCCAACCUUACCGAGCCUCUGGAUGAAGCGCUGAGGAAGCUGAGAAUGGUUGGGAGGACUCCAAGUUUCCUAGAGAUGCUGGGGCUUGUUCGGGAGUCUGAGGCAUGGGAGGCCAGUCUGGCCAGGAGCGAGAGAGCCCAGGCAGAGGAAGGGGCUGGUGCCCGGGCCAAUGCCCAGGCUGAUGCCAGAGCCAAUGCUAAGGCAGAGGAUGAUAAGGUGGAGGAGCAGGAGCGGGAGGAGGAGGACAGUGACGACCGUGACACUGUCCCUGCGGGCCUAGGUCAGGCAAGACCCUCCGAGGCCCCUGGGGGCCCCACUCCUGCCCAGAUGGGCACUGCUUCCAGGGCGGGCCCAGGAGGUCCUGGCUGUGAGCCAGAGGGUCUCGCCCAGGCAGGAGACCAGGAGGCUGGGGAGCCCCCCGAGAAGGGGCUCAAGCCCAUCCCAGAGGGGUCGGGAAACGAGGAUGGCGCUGGGGAGACGAGCCCCCCCAAGUCCUCCUCCGGCAAAUAGGCUCAGAGGGCCCAGGGGCCCCGUCUCCUCUCAGGCAGCAGAGUUCUGCAGGCAGAGAGAGGCCAUGCCAGGGCAGCAGCCUCGCCCCACAUGGGGAGCAGGGCCGAGGGAGGGGCCCGCCCGACCCAAGCCAAGCCCCCGGGCACUCCACCACCCCUAAGGGGACCUGAACACCACCAUCAGCCCUUCCAAGUGACCAAGAUGACCAUACUUGACACCAAAUGGGGCAGGGAGAGGUGCCCCCCCACCCAUGGCAGCUCCACACCCAGCCCCAGCCCCAGCCCCAGCCCCAAUCCCUGCCAACUCAGGCAGCCAGUCUGGGAAACGUCCCUGAGUGGCUGGCCCUAGCCUAGGGGACGGGCACCUGAAGCCAUCUGCCACCCACACUGUACUGGGAGAUGUUAGGGGCCAUUUCAAAGGUGCCAGCCUCUUGGGUCUCCCGAGAGGGAGACACUCAUUUACUUCCCCUGGGGCACGUUGCUCCAUGUUCUGGGAAGCCCGCUUGUGUCUCUGUAGGGCCCUUAGUGACCCACGUCUCAAGUGACCCCCCCACCCCACUAGUGACCAUUCUUGUGCAGAGCCUUGAGGUGUGCAGGAACCCGCCGUGGGUGUCCUGGUCUACCGGGGCAGCCACCUCUCAGCCCGCGUGCGCGCCAUGAGCUUCAGGGGGAACCAAGGCUCUGUUCCCGCUCUUCCAGUGUUGUGAGCUCAACCUCUGCUUUCUCCGUGUACAUUUAGGCCAACCGCUGCUUGUUUUUGUGGAGAUGUGUGUGUUUUCUAGUCUGAGCAGCUGCCCUCCCCGCGCCCCCCCGCCCAGAAAUCCCGAGCCCAGUUCCGGGACACGGCGGGAAGGAUGCCCGAGGGCACGGCUGGUGUUCACCCCGUGACCUCAGGAAGGAAGAACCGGACCCGGGAUGGAGGUGG